AUGGCCAAGUACACAGAAGAACAGUUGUUCGAAGCACAAGAACAAGCAUAUAACCCUAAGCCAGACGUGUUGGAGGCUUUCAACCAGUUGGUUGAGUCCGUCAGAGAGCAUGUGGCCAACGAGAAGAGAAGAGAGAAGUCCAACGGUGACACCUACAUAGACGAGCACGGAAACGAGAGAUCGUACCACCACUUGAACAGAAGAAGAUUGUCUCGUUCAGGCAACAAGCCAAACUUGAGAAAGAAGGCUGUGGAGACCACUGUGGACGAAGAUGGAUGGGCUACCAUGGCUAAGCCAAAGAAGUCUUUCGGUGCUGAGGAGGCUUUGGACGAGAGAGCAAAAUUCAGAGAGUCUAUCAAAGAGACUACUGUGAAGGUGAGACCAAACAAUAAAAAUUUGGGUUCGUCCAAGGCGGUGGAUCCAAGAGACGCAAUUGCUGACAAGCAGACAAACACAUUUAAUGCUUUCGAGGCAUUGGGGGAUGACGACGAUGAUUCAGAGUAA